CAAAGAAACAAAACAAUCGGCAGGAUGAGGGAGUACUAUUUGAUGGAUCAUGGAUGAUAACAUUCGUGUCUGGCGAUACAAUAAAACGUCCAGUUAGGAUCAACGAUGAAAAAAAUCACUAACAACUGUCCCAUACCUGGAUGGAAACGAAUGAUAUGUCAAAGAAAGACGGGAAAAACUUCAGGAAAAUUUGAUGUGUACUUCGUAGAACCUAAUGGAAAGCGACUUCGGUCACGCAGGGAGAUAUCAAGCUAUUUGGAAGAGAACGGUUUGGAUGUUUCCCUGGACCUGUUUUGUUUUAGAACUGGCAAAAAUUUCUGUGAGAGAACAUUGACGAACGUGAAAGAGAAAAAGAAAGAGAGUCAAGUUUGUUCGUCUGCUACAAAGUCUUGCUAUUUCAGCCAGGAAAAACUUCAAUCGGAGAAUAGCGAUGUUUCGAUGGGUGUUGGAGGCAACAUUAGUGUCAAGAAAAAGUUCCAGUAUUCCGAAAUGGAGCCUGAGCUAGCGGUGGAAAAACCGGAGAGAAUACGUCAAUCACAGACACAAAUUGACAAAAACACUGUACAACAGGACAAGAGACAAACAAGUCCCUACUUCAAAAAGAACUGUUUGUCCUCAGCUGCUGAUCAUGGUGAAAGAGUAUCCUUUGAGCCGUGGCAAGGCGGUAUAGUAAACUUACCACCGAAAGGGAAGAUUUUGAAAGACUUUGAAAGCUCCUCGUCAGGAACUCCAAAAUGUUCAUCUCCUGAAUCAGAAUUUCCGAACUGUUAUCCUUCUGAACCACUGAGGAUGAAUAUUUUUGACAAAAAAGAAAGGGGGUUUCUUCAGACUGAAACAAGCACGAUUGUUCGCUUCCCAGAUCAAGGGCUAAUAAGCGAUUUCGACAGACCGUCUUUGGGAUUGGCAAACCGACCUUCCUCAAGACCAGCGUUGGGUUAUCUUUAUGAAACAAAAGUGCGCACAAGCCUCACAGAAAACCCCGGCUUAGUGAAGUUUCCCAUUGAAGGUGGUUUCUCGAAUAGUUCCAAGACAUCAACUGUGCCGGAUGAUUACUCGUUAGAAAAGAUGGAGAUACAACGGAAAGAAAGAAUGGCCAACCAGCCUAACAGCAUUGCGAUGAAUCAACAAAUACAACCCGCACAAAUCACCGACGAAUUUCAGCAUUUACCUCCAGGCUUGCAAAGGUUUCACAGCUUAAGGUACACUGCCCCUAAAUCUCCAUUCAACUUGAUACAAGAAAAGCUUUGUCAUGAUCCAUGGAAACUUUUGGUAGCAACCAUCUUCCUUAAUAAAACUAAAGGAUGCAACGCUAUUCCGAUUUUGUGGAAAUUUUUCGAUCAAUUCCCAAAUGCUGCUGCCACAACAAAAGCUGAUCCAACCGAAAUUGAAGAUAUGAUCCAAUCCUUGGGCUUGUUCCGUAAACGUGCACGAAUCUUAAAACGUUUCUCAACGGAGUAUCUCUGCAAGGCGUGGCAGUAUCCUAAUGAACUUCAUGGUAUCGGCAAGUAUGGGAAUGACUCGUUUCGAAUGUUCUGUCUCGGAGAGUGCAAAGAUGUUCUACCUGAUGAUCAUAAACUAAAUCUGUACCACACCUGGUUAUGUGAACCAGAAAGAAAGGCUUCUACGAUUGCUGAGGAACUGCAUUAA